AUCGGGAUAAGACUGGGUGGAAGUCGGGCUGCGGGUGGUGGUGGAUCGUCGGAAGGGAGCAGAAAACGACGCGCUUUCCGGGCCGUGGAACGGUAGCCACAGAACGAUGCUCUCCGUCAAAUCCCGGGGUUUGGAGACGCGACUGGUGAUGCUGUUGGGUCUUGGCAUCGUCGGAAACCGCACUGCUUCAGGCCGCGGCUGUUCAGCCCUACCCGCCAGCGCCCUCACUCGUCCGCCUCGUGCCUUCAGCUUUGCCCGGUCGGCUGCCGGCUCCGCGCUGCUAUAGAUACCAUCAUGGCGGGCAAUCGCCUCCUCAGCUUAGCGCUUGCGAUUCCCCCUCCUUCCAAACCACCGCCUCCCCCCACCUGAACGAUAUGGUCGCCUCCAAUGGCUCCAAUGGCUCCUCCUUCGAGGCCUACUCCAUGGCCGACGAGACCCGUAGGACCCUCGACAACCUGCUGCACCUCGCGAAGAGCCAGAUCCCCUCGGAAUGCCGCGACAUCAUAGCUCGCACCACCUUCCACACCGACAACACCGGGAGCCCGUACUUCCCAUGUCCUUUCAAAGAAACCGAGGCUACCUCGGCACUGAAAGCCGUCGAGGCUGGUAUGGCAGCGGCCAUUGCGGACCUGGUGUAUGGGGAGCAGGACAGGAAGAUCACCGUGGAUGUGGAUAGGGCCUCGGCUUUCUUGUUCUCGGCAUACCUGUCCACCGUCGGUGGCAUGAACAAGUCCCACCCCAAUGUCAAGUCACUCUUGAAGGAUACCGACCUCCUUCAGGCACAGUCGAUCCUCUACCGAAGGUUGUCCGCCAACUUGUAUGAAACCAAGAAUCCUGGCCAAUACUUCCACCUGCAUGGCUCCCUCGAAGCGACAACUGCUUUGAACAUGGUUGGAUUGGAAGGCUAUAGGCCGGAUAUGACAGACUACCACGAGUGCAUAAAGCUCAUCGAGAGUCACGUCAAGCAAUUUACGGCAGAGGAGCUCGAGAAGAUGAAUGCUGAGCGCAGGCAGGCGGGUGUGACCGCCAUGAAGUGGGAGGACUUCAAGGAGACCAACCACGGUAAGACUUUGAUCCAAGAGCCACCCUGGAGGGUUGACACAAUCGAGUCCACUACUCCUCCUGUGCCUUUCCCCGGCUUGAAGACUGCUGCGCCGAAGCCACAGGUCCUGGCAGGUGUCAGAGUGCUGGAACUCUGCAGGAUCAUCGCAGGUCCCGCAAUGGGACGAGGCCUGGCCGAGUAUGGCGCCGAUGUUAUCAAGAUCACAGCGUCCAACCUUAGUGAUGUGCCCUUCUUUCAGGUCGACGGUAACCUGGGCAAGCACACGGCCGAUCUCAACCUCAAGUCGCCUGAGGGUCGCAAGAUCUUCGAGGAGCUACUACAGUCUGCCGAUGUGAUCCUCGACGGAUAUCGGCCCGGCUCUCUGGAGCGCCUGGGGUACGGACCGAAGCAACUUGUCGAACUGACUAAGCACCGGAACCGGGGCAUCGUCUACGUCGCUGAAGACUGCUUUGGCCACGUCGGAGAGUGGGCGGGAAGACCCGGUUGGCAACAGAUUGCCGAUUGCGUGACCGGAAUAGCUUGGGCCCAGGGCGAGAGCAUGGGUUUGAACGAGCCCGUCGUCCCUCCGUUCCCAAUGAGUGACUAUGGCACCGGCUGUAUGGGCACCAUUGCUGCCCUGGUCGGACUGUACAAGCGGGCGAAGUUCGGUGGAUCCUAUCACGGCACGACGUCUCUGUGCCAGUACGACAUCUACCUGUUGCAGCAGGGCCUUUACUCCAAGGAGAUGAUGGAGAAGCUGAGGCAGGUGCACGACCCGGAGUUCUACGAGCUCCGCCACUACGACUCGGUCGAUGAGGUGGGCAAGCGGGCACUCAAGACGAUGCGGCGGACGCACCCAGAGCUGUUUGAGGACAAGAAUCUGUUUGAGAGUUAUAGCAAAGGCUUCAAAGCGCCGGUCAAAUUUGUCCGCCCGGUUGCCGAAGUCGAGGGUAUGUGGAGUGGGUUCAUUCGGAGCUCGAGGCCCAACGGCUUCGACGCUCCCACAUGGGAUGGCUGGGAGGUUGACGAAGACAUGUUGAAGUGCUGAUCGGGGUGGAUAAUUGAUGAGGUCAUAUGAAGGCGCAAACAGCGGCAUUCAAGUACGCACUAUGUAGUAUUCUACUUUUUGAACAUGGGUGUACGUCAGUCAAGAGGUCGGGUGGAGGCCCAGGCG